AUGGCCCGCGUGCUGGACCCCGCAGUGCCUGAGCUGUUCCCCGCUGUGACGCCGUCGAUGGUUUACAGAGAACCCAACACUGAAGGACUAUCAAAGAAUGAACUCAUCGGCGUCAUUCUUGGCUCCAUUUCCGGAGGUGUACUAAUGGCUGCUCUGUUUAUCGCUCUCUUGUGUUGCUGCCGUCGGAAUUCCCGUGACAACUCCAACGCCCCGAAGGAGCCCACAGAGCCCGUGACGCUUGUGUUCACUGACAUCGAGAGCAGCACUGCGCUGUGGGCUGCGUGCCCCGAGAUCAUG